AUGAGCGACGCCGAACCUGCUAAAGAAUGGCCCAGCCGUGGGAACGAGCUUAUAGCGACAGCAACAACUAUGGCUGCACUCUCAUCCAUCGUCGCUAUCUGGAGAUUGGCGGUGAGAUUCCGCAUUCAACCAUGGUUGGGGUGGAGUGACUGGCUGAUGAUAGGAGGCGUGAUGCUCAACUUCAUCUCGUGUAUCCCCUUUGCUAUUCUCGCUGCAAAUGGUGGUCAGGGCCGCUUAAUGGCCGAUCCUUGGUGGUUGAUACCUGGAAAAACAUCCAGACAGCUGCAUGUCAUCUUCAUUUCGCAAUGUCUAAACGUCUACGCCAUGUUCCUGGUCAAGGCAUCGAUUUGCGCAUACCUCAUGGCCCUGGACUUCGGCCGCAGUUAUCGGAUCAUUAUUUGGUUCUCAGUAGCUAUUGUCGUCUUGUGCAACUUCAUCAUGAUGUUGAUUUUGCACUUUGCAUACUGUAGGCCGUACUGGUCAAGGUGGGACUUUACAGUCCAAGGAAAAUGCUGGCCCGAUGCAGUCAGCGAGAUAACAGCAUAUCUGCAGAUUGCAUCAAACGUUGUUACGGAUCUGAUCUACGCUGCUGCGCCGAUCGUUUACCUAAGACAUGUGCAGCUGAGCAAGCGCACACAGUGGGGUGUACGCAUCGUAUUUCUCCUAGCUCUUGUCGGCACUGCCUUGUCAAUCGCCAAGAUUCCAACCACGUACAAGUUCCUCCGUUCGAAAGAGCCGAUGCGGGACGCCAUUGACCUCAGUAUUUGCAGCGUCAACGAGGUUUGCGUUGGCAUCAUCAUUGCAAAUCUUCCGCCUCUUCGCAAAAUACUCAAUGGUCUCUUGUCCAGGAUUAUACCUGCCAGUCUCACUGGUAACAGCGGUGGUGCAUCUCGCAAGAUGAAUAGUCGCACGAAUCAUCUUAGUUCGAAAGGACACAACAAGUUACCGGAUAACGGUGAUGGUGACAGCGAGCGCUACAUGUUGGAGCUUGAAGAUCGGAAGCCUGCAGGCAUUGUCAAGACGACUCGGGUGGAUGUCGAUGGCAGAUCGCAAAAGGAUGGGAGUCAGCACAAUGGCUACAAAUUGACAAGACGCCGCAUUUUAUCAACCUCCAACACCAUAACGUCCCAAUCUUCCCAAGUCCAACCACAAUCACCAAAACGGCAUGCCUCCCAUGGGACUCACCACCCCCUCUCCGCCCUCACAUCCUCCACUACUCCUACAGUCACAACCUUUACCCUCAUCCCUUCCCCACACCCACUUCCACUCCGUGAAUCGCGACGCCUCGGUAGGGGUAAAUGGAAUCUUCCCCCUGGUGACCCCAAUCGGAUCGACCUGGCCCCAAGUACUUACGACGCGGAAAUCUUCGUCGCCGAGGUAUUUCUUCUGUGGGGCAUAUGGCGUAUCAGUGUAGAUGAUGGUGUUAUGGUUUUGGUUCAUGGAAGGGUAGACUUGUGA